AAAUAAGUUCCAAUGCAUCUGGGUUGCAUUUGUGGUCUGAAGACAUCAUUACAAACAGUUACAAACAGAAACAAGGCUGCAUGCCUGAAGCGACAAUAGUUAGUAACGAUCAUUGUAAGUGUUAACUUUUAAGAAGAAAAUGAGCCUCUGUACGACUCUAUCGUUUUGCAUUACCUUUGUAUGUUUGGGACAGUCGCUACAAUUUAGCUGCUCUUCCGAGCCGAAAUGCACAUGUUAUUACGAAAGAGGGAUGCUGAGCGUCAAUUGUAGCUCGCUUAACCUAACUCACUCACCAAAUUUUCAACAAAAUGUUAGAUGCAUCUAUCUAAACAACAACCGUCUUACGGAAAUACCUACUGAUAUGCCGCAAGCGAUCGUGCGGCUAGAUAUAAGCGAUAAUAAUAUCCGAGAUCCAAAAAAGGCAAGUCUGUCAAGAUACAAACAUUUGGAGUGGUUAAACCUUGAACGUAAUUGUUUAUGGCAAAAAUACAAGGAAUGGCCAUCACGCUUUUUCGAGAACCUGUCAAAACUUGAUACUCUUCUCAUGAAGGAUAAUUGUUCGGAAACAUCUUAUUAUACGAUCAAGGAGAUGAGGUACUCUAAAGAAUGCUUUUACGGGCUCUCUUCAUUACGGCAUAUUGAACUCGACGGAUUAGGUGGCCAAAACUUUGGAGAAGCAUUCGAAGCAAAUAAUUCCAUUCAAUUUCUUACAUUUACGCCAAAUAAUGGUCGUUGUGCUCUGAAUAGCAUCAAGAGUAAAACAUUCCAAAUUUUCAAAUGUUUGAAAAAUCUAACAUUAGUUAACUGUAAUAUCAUGUUCAUCAAGAAAGGAGCUCUUUCACACUUAAAUGAUCUCGUAUCUCUGGACAUUUCAGAAAACCAGGAGCUUACGCUAUCAGUAUUAACCAAUAUCACCUUUGAUCUGCAGAAUUCAACAAUCCAGACUCUCUUUGCAAAUAGUCUUCAUUGUAACGUCGGACUUUCUCUGCUAUUAAGUAUAAACCAUAUCAAAUAUCUUAGAAAUACUUCUUUAAAAGAGUUGUCCUUGGGAAGUAAUAGGAUAGGUAUCAUAGAACAUCUACUCACGACAUACCUUCCUAAGUCUUUAAGAUAUAUAAAUAUUGAUGAUAAUCCACUUAUAUUCGGGCUCUAUGUUGUAGAAGGCGACUUUCUUACAAAUUUAGAAAGGUUAAGCUUUAACCAAAAUGAGAGAAAAGAAAGGCGAAGAAUAGGUUGUAAUUUUAAUUCUAACAGUUGUGACAACAAAGGUGAUAUAAGAGUCGAUGAAACGUUAAAUAGAGUGUAUAGAAAAUACCAAUUACCCCCAAAACUAAAAUAUUUAAGCAUGGCUAAUAGGAAAAUAUAUUUUCCUUUGAUACAUAAAAUUGGACUUAGAACAAACAACUCACUAACACAUCUGCAUGUUCAAGGAAAUCUUAUAUAUGAUAUACAGGGAGUUAGUGGGCUUCAACAUCUAGAAUAUCUUGAUCUGUCAAAUAACUUCUGCUUUAACAUUACCAAACAAGUAUUUCAAGAUAUGACCGGCUUGUUAUUUCUGAAUUUAUCCAAAAAUCUGUUAGGAAAGGAAUUACAGCGACAACAUAAAGAGCAUGUAUUUGACCAUCUCCAUAAUCUAAAGAUACUGGAUCUGUCAUAUAACUCGAUAACUCUAUUGCAAAAAGAUUUUUUUGCCUCGGUGUCAAACAUAGAACACCUCAACUUGAGUAAUAAUGAAUUAGAGAGUGUCACCUUUGACUUGUCAGCUGCAUUAAAAUUGCGUAGCAUAGAUUUGUCUUCAAAUAAAAUUGUAAUGUUGGACUCCAAAUCGAUGGACUUUUUAGAUGCCUCUAGGGAGAAACAGCUCUCUAUCCAGAUGUCAAACAACCCAUUACAGUGUACAUGCCGAAGCCUGGAGUUCCUAAAAUGGAUGAAAGUAUCGGCCAACAAAAACUUCGUUGAUGGAGAAAAAUGCACAUGCGUAUUCACAAACGGAAAAAAGAUCGAAAUGCGCAAUUUGGCCAAUAUAAUCUGGUCUUUAGAACGUCAAUGUGCUUCAUUUACAACAACAAUAGUCAUAGUAACCAUUAUUUUACUGGUCACAAUCAUUCUUAUAUCAUUUGCAAUAGUGUAUAGGUAUAGAUGGAAACUGCGAUAUUUGUAUUAUGCCGGUAAGAGAAGUUAUAGAGGAUAUUCAAGAAUCUUAGAAACGGGGAGAGAGUAUCAAUUUGAUGCUUUCAUUUCGUACGCUGAAAGUGAAAGAGCAGAGUUUAUACCAACUAUUUUGAAGCUAGAAAAGGAAAACAAUUUCAAAUUCUGUAUUCACAGUCGUGACUUUAUAAUUGGUGUUAAUAUAGCAGAAAACAUAACUAAUGCAAUUCAUAACAGCAAGCGUUCUGUCUGCUUUCUGAGUAAAGCUUUUUUGGAAUCUGAAUUUUGCAUAUAUGAAGCCCAGAUGGCUCGAAUGGAAAGUAUUUACAGAGGAGGAGAAACAACAUUAUUUGUUGUUCUUGUGGACAAAGAUCUUGGAGUUGUCUUGCCACAAUUUCUGAAAGAUGUAAUAAAAGAACAAACAUAUCUUGAAUAUGAUAAACAAAUUUCAGAGGAAUUUUGGAAUGCCCUGACUCAAGCAUUUAUAGAAAUGUAGAGAAAAUUCGUACUUGGAACAGCAAGGCUUAAAAAUAUUAACACCUGAAUCUUUCUACGGCAACUAAACUUAUUUUAAUACCGGCUAAAGAAAAUUAAACAGUCAGUUACUUAUAUCUGCAAACGAGAUAAAAUAUCAAAUAUUUUCCCGAUGCCCAAUUUGAAUUUAAUA